CUGAGACCGUUAGUUCUUCACGGCCUUCCUGGCUUAAGUAGCUAGAAAAGAUGUCUCGGGCUGUUCAUCUUCCAAUACCCUGUCCUGUUCAGCUUGGUUCCUUAAGAAAUGACUCCUUGGAAGCUCAGCUUCAUGAGUAUGUCAAACACGGGAACUAUGUGAAAGUGAAGAAGAUUCUUAAGAAAGGAAUUCGUGUUGAUGCAGUUAAUUCCCUGGGCCAGACUGCACUUUUUGUUGCAUCAUUAUUAGGCCUUACAAAAUUAGUUGAUACUCUGGUGGAUUAUGGAUCAGAUCCAAAUCACCGCUGCUUUGAUGGGAGCACCCCUGUCCACGCAGCAGCAUUUUCAGGCAAUCAGUGGAUCCUCAGCAAACUGCUGGAUGCAGGGGGUGACCUUCGACUCCGUGACGAGAAGGGUCAAAACCCGCACACCUGGGCCCUGGCGGCUGGGAAGGAGCGCAGUGCCGCGAUGGUGGAAUUCAUGCAGCGCUGCACCUCGCACAUGCAAGCCAUCCUCCAGGGCUUCUCCUAUGACCUCCUGAAGAAGAUCGACUCCCCUCAGCGGCUCAUCUGUGGCCUGCCUCGGUUUGGGGGCUUCAUGCAAGGAAGCCCUAAUGGCUCUCCUAAUCGACCACUUAAAGCUGGAGUCAUUUCUGCCCAAAAUAUCUACAGCUUUGGCUUUGGGAAGUUUUAUCUCACAGGAGGGACUCAGCUGGCCUAUCUAGGAUCCCUUCCAGUAAUUGGAGAAAAGGAAGUGAUUCAAGCUGAGGACGAGCCUACCUUCUCUUUCUGCAGUGGCCCCUACAUGGUCAUGACCAACCUAGUGUGGAACGGAAGCAGGGUCACAGUGAAAGAGCUGAAUCUCCCCAGCCACCCGCACUGCAGCAGGCUGCGGCUGGCUGACUUGUUAAUUGCUGAGCAGGAGCACAGCAGCAAGCUGCGACACCCUCACCUGCUGCAGCUGAUGGCUGUGUGCCUGUCCCAGGACCUGGAGAAGACGCGCCUCGUGUAUGAGCGCAUCGCCGUUGGCACCCUGUUUGGUGUUCUCCACGAACGGCGGUCUCAGUUCCCCGUGCUGCACAUGGAGGUGAUCGUGCACCUGCUGCUCCAGGUCUCCGACGCCCUGAGAUACCUGCAUUCUCGAGGGUUCAUCCACUGCUCCCUCAGCUCCUACGCCAUCCAUAUCGUCUCUGCAGGGGAAGCGAGGCUGACCAACCUGGAGUACAUGCUGGAAAGCCAGGAUGGAGGUGCACCCAAGGACCUGACUCGAGUUCCCCUCCCAACCCAGCUGUACAACUGGGCUGCCCCGGAAGUGAUUUUACAGAAAGCAGCCACGGUGAAGUCGGACAUCUACAGCUUUUCUAUGAUCAUACAGGAGAUUUUAACAGACAACAUACCCUGGGAUGGCUUAGAUGGCUCAGUUAUUAAAGAAGCCAUAGUCUUGGGAAAUUAUUUAGAAGCUGAUGACAGGCUUCCAAAACCUUACUAUGAUAUUGUUAAGUCGAGCAUCCAGGUCAAGCAGAAAGACCGAACUAUGAACCUUCAAGAUAUCCGGUAUAUUCUGAAGAAUGACCUAAAGGAUUUUAUUGGAGCCCAGAGAACUCAGCCAACCGAGAGCCCCAGGGCGCAGAGAUAUGAGCUCCAUCCUGAUGUCAAUAUGUAUCUAGGACUGACUUCAGAACAUCUAAAAGAGACCCCUGACUUGGAAAUAAAAGAGCUGAAGGAAGCAGGCAGUCAGCUUCAUUCACCAGGGGGUCACUCUUCACCCACCAAGAAAGCAACACCAGAUCCUCAGGCUCCAGAUCCAAGUCUAAUGGCCAGGGAGACUCAGGACCAAGAUGCUGCUUCUCCUGCUUUCUCUGUGGCAGAAGAGUCCAGGAGCUCCAGCCCAGGUCACGGGAGCCUCUGCAGCUUUGAAAUCAACGAAAUCUACUCAUGCUGCCUGGACGUAAGCAAUGACAAAGAAGAUUCCCCAGGAGCUGGUCCGUCUCUCGAGGCGGCUAGACCAAACCAGAUAGAUGAGCUGAAGUCCCUGGAAGAGGAGUUGGAAAAGAUGGAGAAGGAGGUGUGCUGUGUUUCUGAUGAGGACAAGAGCUCUUCGGAAGCUGACACCGAGCUCUCCUUUGGGGACUGGGACUGGCAAAGGAGUUCACUUAGCUCACCCCGCCUACCUGCGCCACCCAGAGAAGCCCAGGGCAACGUGAGUAGCAGGUCCGUGACCGAGGAGUACAUCAGCAAGUGUGUGCUCAAUCUAAAGAUUGCACAGAUGCUAAUGCACCAGAAUUUCGAUGUACUAUGGAAAACCCAGCAGAAAAUCGAUAAGCUGGAGAUGAUACAGAAGGAGCAGAUGGAGAACACGUCUCUGUGGGCUUCUUCAAGAGAGUUUGCUAACGUGUGUGACUUGCCUUCAGCCCUGGGUCCCCCAGCUUCCAGUUAUGUUCCUCCCAUCGUGCCUCUAUUAGGAGACCAGUGGCCGGAUGCUGGGGGCAAGUGCCCGACCCUAGCAAGGUCUCCAGGAACAGUGAUAGACUUUCAAGGGAAACAUUUUGGGAAAAGGUCCAGGAAGAGAAGUGGCUGUGGUUGGGAACCUUUCACUGCUUUCACUCAAGUCUCUGAAGAAAACACGGGGGAUCCGUCAGAGAAGAACCAUCAGCUGCCAACUCUUUGUGGCCCUGGAAAACAGAGCACAGGUGAACAAUUUCAACUCGCUCAAAGAUCCAACGACAGUUUGGAAAGAAAUAGGAACCAAAAUGCCAGCAGCCAAGGAAAGCCUAGAGAGUCCAAGACCCAAGCCCAAGUGACACAGUUAAAUAAUGCAUUCUUCAUUGUGUCAAACCACCCGCAGGGACCUCCAGUGGCAUCCAGCAGUGUCAAGGGCUCUACCAGGAUCAGUAUGGAAUCCGCGUCUUCUGAAAUCUAUAAUGCAAAGUCAAGAAAUAAUGAAGAUGAUGCGAAGGUACACUUAAAAUGGGAAAUGGAGGUGGAAGAAAUGGCAGAGAAAGCAGCUACUGGGCAGCUGGCGGUACCUCCUUGGCAUCGUCAGAGUAGUUUGACUUUAGAGAAUGAGGCUGAAAACGAGCCUGAUCCCCUGCCGCAGCUCCCCAUUAGGGACCCUGAGAAUAUGGAUUGCCGUCGUGUUACAGAGUAUCCCAGGAAAAAUGAUAAGCCAAGAGGAAAUGGCAAGUGUGGCAAAACGGACAGCAGUGACCGUGACAAUGACCAGCAUGGCAGACAGCCUGGGCCUGGGAGCUUUACUAGUAUCAGGCACCUGUGCCCCAGAAAAAACGAGCAGCCAGAGCAUAGUGAAGUCUUUCAAGCAAGUUCUGAAGCAUCUGUGGUCAAUGAGAACUCUUAUAGCGAUCAGUCGGUGCGAUCAACUUGUUCACCAGAGUCUUCUGAGGACAUAACAGAUGAAUUUUUAACUCCAGACCAUGAAUAUUUUUACUCCUCAACUGCUCAAGAAAACUUAGCUCUAGAGACCUCAGGUGCCAUAGACGAGGACUUUGAAGGAGUACAAGAUGCAUUUGCCCAACCUCAAGGCUCUGGUGAAGAAAAGGUCCAAAUGAGAAAAAGCCUUGGAAAAAAUGCUGAGAUGUUGGAAUUGAGACCUAAUCAAAGUACUGAAGGUGAACAAGAGGAGGCCUUAAAGGAAUCACCAAAGGAACUGAAAGAGAAAGACAUAUCAUUGACAGACAUUCAAGACCUGUCUAGUAUCUCCUAUGAACAAGGUGGUUCUUUUAAGGAGGUCUCAUGCAAAACACCCAAAAUAAACCACGGACCUACUAGUGUCAGCACUCCCCUCAGCCCAGGGUCGAUUUCUUCAACUGCCAGUUGCUAUAAAGACUGCCUUGAAAAUAUCACAUUUCAGGUUAAAACAAGGUCUACCUCAUGCUGGAACAGUCAAGAAUCUAUUCAAACUUUGUCUGAUAAAUUUACAACUGUCCGAGAGAAAGCAAAGAGCCUAGAUUCCCUUCUUACUUCCUCUGAAACUCUCCCUUCAAGACGGACUGAUCUCAAAAGAUUGUCUUCAUUUACCGGGGCUGGUUCCUCCAGUAGUGCUAAGGCACCUGACCCAUCAUCCCAUGCCAUCCAGAGAAGGAGUCUGCCGAAAGAACUAGUAGACGCCAUCUCACAGCAUCACACUGACGAGCUACCGCCACCAUCUCAGGAGCUACUGGACGAAAUCGAGGACCUGAAGCGGCAGCAGGCUUCAUCUACAGUGUUGGAUGAAAACACAGCAAGUCCCCUGAGCAUCACUGCAAAUGAUCAAGGUCAUUUAGAAGAACAAGAAACCAACAGUAAAAAAGAAGAUAGCAGUAUGCUUUGGACCAAAGAAACUCAGGAUUUAGAAGAGGACACAGAAAGAGCUCACUCUACUCUUGAUGAGGACCUGGAAAGAUGGCUGCAGCCACCUGAGGACAGCACAGAGCUACAGGAUCUUCCCAAGGGCUCUGCAAGGGAGACAAACACCAAGGAUCAAGAAGUUGGUGAAAAGAAGGGAAAAGGGGAGGAAGGCAUCAAAUCGGAGAGCUUUUUAGGGACUUCUGAAGAAGAGGAACUAAAGCCUGGUUUUUGGAAGCGAUUGGGUUGGUCGGAACCAUCCAGGAUAAUCGUGCUGGAUCAGAGUGACCUGUCAGACUAAUCAGAACCAGAUCACAAAUGUACUCCUGGCCUGAGUUUGAGCAUCCUGCUUGUAAGCUCCCUUCUUCCCUUUCUGCUUCAGUCACCAUCAGGGCAAUGGUUCCCUAACUCGCUUGGUUCAGCUGCCACAAUAGACAGAAAGACUUGGUCCUUUCUGUUUGCAGUACAUAUAACUGUUUCCAGUCAUAUUUCUGAAAAGUGAAAGGUAGUUUUGAUUGCAGAAAUUUCUCAUGUGCCCAGAAUCGCUUUUGGUUUUGUUGAUAAUAGAUUUUCGAAAACUUUUACUCCUGUUAUAUAAUAAAAUGUUUAGUUUUCAUACCA